GUCUUUGUGUUUGUGUUACAUUAGUGUGGCCGGGUGUCAGUCAGGAGCCCGUGCAAUUCGCGUGUGUUGCAAUGGUGUUACGUGCGGUACGUCGAUGUGACGGGGGUCCGCGUGUGUUACGUCAGUCUGCUUCCCCCCGGCGCCCUGGUGACGUAACAAGGGAUCCCGUGUCUUGCGUCGGCGCUCUCGGGGAAGGAACAAUAAUAAGGCGGUUUUGUCUUGAAAGGAAAUGUGGCUCACGUUCGGCCUCUCGCGCCCGCUCGGAUCUCCUCCUGCGGUCCCGCCGCGCCCUGGCGGAUCCUGCGCGCCCUCCCCGCCGCCCUGCCGUCUUCGUGGCGAGCUCAACAUACGAGUCCAUCUACGAGCCCAUCACGCCACGCCCCUCCAGCCAGAUGUCGAACAAGUCGGGCUACAGCCUCUAUGGGCCCUACACGUCUCCGAGGGCCCGUGGCUUGGCCCCACCCCCCAGCAACCAGCCAUUGGUCAACCCCGACAAAGUGGGGAAGGAGGCCGAGGUGGAUGCCCUCACCAACCUCCUCGUGCAGUCCAUGGAUAGUACCAAUGACCCAGAGUUCUUUGGCAUUUGUACUCGCUGUGGGGAAAAGGUUGUGGGAGAGGGCAGUGGAUGCACAGCGAUGGAGCAGGUGUACCACAUCAAGUGCUUUGUGUGCAUAGUGUGUCACCUCCAGCUCCAGGGCAAGCCUUUUUAUGCUCUCGACUCUAAGCCAUAUUGCGAAGACUGCUACCUAAAUACUCUAGAGAAAUGCUGCGUAUGUACGAAGCCCAUUCUUGACCGCAUCUUGCGAGCAACUGGGAAGCCCUACCACCCACAGUGCUUUACAUGCGUCGUGUGCAACAAGUCCCUGGACGGCAUUCCAUUCACAGUAGAUGCCUCAAAUCAGAUCCACUGUAUAGAUGAUUUCCAUAAAAAGUUUGCUCCUCGCUGUACUGUGUGCCAUGAGCCUAUUAUGCCAGAGCCAGGAAAGGACGAGACAGUUAGAGUCGUUGCUCUCGAUCGCUCAUUCCAUGUUAAUUGCUACAAGUGUGAGGACUGUGGUUUGGUGUUGUCCUCGGAGGCGGAGGGGAGGGGCUGUUACCCCCUCGACGGCCAUGUCCUGUGCAAGAGUUGCAACGCGCGUCGGGUACAAGCCAUCACCUCCAAGGUCACCACUGACCUGUAGGCAGAGACAGAGAGAGGGGGUUGGGGGGAGGCUCCACCGCGCACUGAGCACCUUGUUUUUUACAGCACCGAGAGUGUCCUGAGGAUUGCCCUUGUUAGUCAAAGUUCAUGUUAUUUUUGAGGAUUAGGUUUGGCUUUUUUGGCCUUCCUUUUCUUUUACUCUUUUCAUUUAUUAGUAUUUUUCUUUGACUUUUUUCUUUUUUCUUUCAUCUUAUGCUUAAUGACAUUACCCACAUAUGUUUAUAAUGUGAAAAUAUAUAUAUAUGUACACAUGUACAUAUUCAUGUACAUAUAUGUACGUA